AUGUCGUAUAACGGGACCGAGUGGAUCAGACAUGCUUUUGGUCGAGCGAAAUCCGGCGUCAACAAGGUUGAUUCCGAACUACGAGCGCCACAAGUCUUCCCUCGGCGCGUUUCAUCCGAGCAUUGGUAUCGGAUGCUGGAGAAGGUGGGAUUGAAUUAUGGACCUACCUUCAGAGGAAUGCAAGAUAUCACCGCCGACCCUUCAAGAUGUGUGGCUGCGGCGUUGAUGCGCGGCCGCCAAGAUGGCAAGGCUGUCCAUCCGACGGUGAUCGAUGAGUGUCGGCAAUUAUUCACCGUAGCUGCAUGCAAGGGCAGAGCAGUGCACAUGACCAGGCUCUAUGUACCUAUAUUUGUGGGAGAGGUUCAGCUCGGUUUGGGUCAGGAAAUGAUGAGAGCGGAAGCGACGACCAGCAAUCGCACAGCAGAACUGGGUAACGGAAAUGUGCUGCUGAUGGCUAACGACCAAGAAGGCGCAUUUAUCAAGCCAGUACUUUCAAUGGCGGACGUCACGGUUGUCCCGCUCGACAACAAUAUGAGGGCAGCCGACGAGGCAGACAUUCCUUUAGCAUCACACGCAGAAUGGCGCCCCGACAUUGAUCUCGUGAACAAGCAACAGCUACCGCUACGCUACUCCCAGUCUACUGAAGCUGGCUUUGCUCUGAUUGCCAAACUUUCCGCUCUGUCUAUUAUUCAGGUGCAUCGACGGAUUGUCGAUGUGACACCAUUUUCACCAUCGUUGGAACAAUACCAGAAAUUUAUCAGUACUCAAAUUGCAGAAAUCCAGCGAGAAGCGUUUUGGGGAGUCUCUGAAGCCGCAUCGUGGCUCAAGUGCUCGGAGGAAGCAUUACAGCGCCAGCAGACCGCUCUGGAUGAGGAGCUCCGAACAAGCAAGUUGGAAUUCAUUUCCUCGAUGAGUAACUGGGCUUUGGAAACCGUCCGGGACAUUGUCGACGGAUCGCUUCCGACGUCGGCUGUUCCGAAUGUCAUACGAAAGCAGAUAUGGCAGUGUGAAAGCUUGGUUGCAUCGAUGAGCGAUAUGUCUGACUGGUUUGGCCUUCUCCGGCACUCCAACCCCUUGCUACGGAUCCUCCAUAUCGCCGAGGGAAAUGGAGUGGUAUCCCGUCAGGUUCUUGAGUAUCUCAAUUUCGAAGGUCUCCCAUUCUACUCGAAGUAUACAUACACGAGCACGAAAGAUAUCAGCUCAGCCGUAGUUGAACGCCUGAAAGAAUUCAAGGAAGUGAAAUUCGAGAACCUGGAUAUAACUACGGAUCCCUGUGAGCAGGGCUUUGGAAAUGGAACGUAUGACUUGGUUAUAGUGUCAAAUACAGGCGUUCCGACUUCUCAGCUGCAAACUGCUCUUCAAAACAUUAAAAAGCUCCUUGUGCCGGGAGGCCGAGUUCUGCUUCAUAUACCAAAUGCUGUGCAUUCUAUGAUGGGGUACAUCAGGUGCUUAAAGAGUCUUGUGGGUAACCAAGAAUUGGAAUCCUUGAGCGGUAUAUCACCCUGUCCCAUCCAAUGGGUGGAAACACUGAUGCAGGUCGGACUCGAUCAAAUCCAGGGUACGCAUGGCGAACACCCUUAUUGCAACCUGACUGCCCGUCUGCCGUAUCCCAGGGAGGACCAUACCGAGCUCAUCUACCUUCUUUGUCCCGGCCUGGUCCAUAAUAACGGCUGGAUCUGCAAUGUGGAAGCACAAUUCGAGAGAAUGGGUUAUCAAACCCAGCGUUGCACCCUGGGCGCUGAGUUCACAAACAAACAGCGCAUCGUAUCGCUGCUAGAUGUUCAAAAGCCAUUCUUCAAGGAUAUUAGUGAGACGAGCUGGAAGGCAUUCCAGUCGCUGGUCACCGCCGCGCCCCCGAUCCUUUGGGUAAUGCCAUCCGUCGAGCUCACUUGCCAGAGUCCCGACUUCGCGAUUGUCCUUGGGGUGUCUCGCACGGCCCGUCAGGAACAAGAAUUGCAUUUUGGAACCUUGCAGAUCGACGAGUUCCAUGCUUCGGCAGCAGCGGCACUGGUGAAGGUCACUGGAAAGUUUUUCUCGCAGCUGGAUUGCCAGACCGGCUUGCGUGAUCCCGAAUAUGAAUUCGUAUUGCAGGAAGGGCAGGUAUAUAUUCCACGUUUCCAAUGGACUCGGUUGAAAGAUCGACUUCAUCAGGACCCCUUGCCGAAUGCUUUGGUCAAAAUUGAUGUUAAGGCCUACGGGUUGAUGGAGUCUCUUUGUUGGUGUGAAGACGAACCACAGCCUCUGGGACCAGACGAUGUCGAGGUGGAUAUAAAAUAUGUUGGACUCAAUUUCCGCGAUAUCAUGAUUUCAAUGGGGCUUAUGGCGCACAAGGGCGAGCUGGGUAUUGAGGCAAGCGGAAUCAUCCGACGAUGCGGCAAGAACAUUACACAGUUACACCCUGGUGAAAGAGUCAUUGUCACCCAGCCUGGAUUGUUUCGCACACGCGCUAUCGUGCCCUCCUCUCGAUGCGUGGCCUUGUCACCAUCCAUGUCGCUUGAAGAGGGCGCGUCCCUAGCUGUUGUUUUUGGGACUGCACUCUAUUGCCUUAUGGAUAUUGCAAGGCUAGAGAAGGGACAAUCCGUACUGAUCCAUGCGGCAUGCGGAGGGGUCGGGCUGGCUGCUAUUCAAGUGUGCCAGAUGGUCGGUGCCGAGAUAUAUGCUACGGCAGGAAGCGACGCAAAGGCAGACUAUCUUGUCCACAACAUGGGAAUUCCGCGCCAUCGGAUUUUCAACUCGCGCGACGGUUCUUUUCUGCCGGUGUUGAUGAGUGCGACUCAAGGCCGGGGAGUUGAUGUCGUGCUAAACUCUCUGGCUGGGGAGCUGCUGCAUGCAUCCUGGAAAUGCGUCGCAGAAUUCGGCAAAAUGAUUGAAAUCGGCAAGAGAGAUUUUCUCGAGCACGGCACGCUCGACAUGGAGGCGUUUGGCGGCAACAGAGCCUUCUUCGGGGUCGAUCUCAUUCGCCUUGGGGAGAAGCCGGGCUUUAUUUCGAGACUUGUCACCCGAGCCUUGGCUUUAUAUGAACAGGGCCGAAUCACCCCCGUUCGGCCGCUGGAAGCCAUUGAUGCAUUUGAUGUUCACAGGGCUUUCCGACUGAUGCAACAGGGGCUCCACAUGGGUAAACUUGUCAUAAAGAUGCCAGAGGGCCCCAGCGAAGUGGUCAUUUCCAAAUCACAGUUGAAGGUGGCUCUGUCGGACGAUGUCUCCUAUCUUCUAGUCGGAGGACUCGGAGGAGUAGGACGAGCGCUGGCAACCAUGAUGGUAGAGCGCGGCGCUCGUCACUUCAUAUUCCUGUCCAGGUCAGCGGGGAAGUCCGCGCAGGAUCAAGCAUUCCGGUGUGAAUUGGAGGCACAGGGAUGCAGCGUAGUCAUGAUCCAAGGAGAUGUCGGACUACUUGACGAUGUCAAGGCAGCAAUCCAACGCUGCAGACAGCCCAUUGGAGGCGUGCUGCAGCUGUCGAUGGUGCUCCAUGACCACUUUAUUCCUGAGAUGGCGCACUCCCACUGGAAGGAAUGUCUCUCCGCCAAAGUGGCGGGUACCUGGAACCUUCAUGAAGGACUGAAAGGAUACGAUAGCCGUCUUCGAUUUUUUGUCGUCUGUGGAUCCAUUACCGGUGUCAUGGGUAAUGCUGGCCAGGUCAACUACUCGUCCGCCAAUGCGUUUUUGACGUCCUUCGCCCAGUACCGACUCCAUGCCGGUCUUCCCGCCUCCGUCGUGAACCUGGGGGCCGUGGACGAGGUAGGCCAUUUAGCAAACCAGGACCAGAAGUUGCGAGAUAGGAUGCAGGCAGCUCAUGUUCGCCUCCUCAGGGAACAGGAGGUGCUUGAUGCAUUUGAGAUUGCCAUGCUUGAGUGUCAACCAUCAAGCACGCCGGUGAAUGAGUCAUCUGACGACAUUCUGCGCGUCCGAAAUGAUAUUAUCGUGGGCAUGAGUAGCACAAAGUCUCUUGCAGACCCCUCCGUUCGCCCGCUCUGGGGACGAGAUGCAAGAUUCAGCGUCUAUGCAAAUUUAGACAUCAACAAACGGCCCCUUCGAUCGAAGGAACUAGACGCAGUAGAGGACCUGCAACAGCAAUUGGCAGCAAUCGAAAAGGAUCCAGACCGGCUGAAAGACCCAGCACUGCCGAAACAAAUUGUGACGGAGAUUGUCAGGACCAUACAGGAAUAUUCGGUUUUUGCCCGCGGACAAGAAUAUUCGCAGGUAGCUGCUCUGCCUAUUGAUUCCUUGAUGACUGUGGAGUUCCGUAACUUUGCCCGCCGGUAUCUCAAUAUGAACCUCUCCUUGACAACGACUGCCGAAGCAGGCACCGUGGAGGGACUGGCCAAAUUAAUCUUCGCUUCUUUUCAAUCGAAGUAUCUCAAGUAA